GUGCCAUGGCCGCCGGUGGCGGGCGGGAGCUGCUCGCCCUCAUCCACCAGCACCUGCUGCGCGGCGGCUUCGCGCGGGCCGCCCGCGAACUGCAGGCGCAGACCGGGCAGAAGUUACUCCCUUCCCUCUCGACCUCUCUCGAGGACAUCUUUACUCACUGGGAAAAAACUCCCCCAAAUUCGAGGAGAAGAAAGUUGAGUGAUGACGAGGCAGCCAUCCCAGAAAAGAUCAGAGUUCCUGAUCCCGUGAGCAGCUCUGAGAGCUCAGAGAAAGAAGAGGAUGAGAAAGAAAAGGCAAAAGCUGCAAAUGCAGCCAGCCUUUCUCUGGCCACAAACUCAGCAGCAACUGUAGAAAGCAGUGAAGAGGAUGAGUCCUCGUCAGAAGAGGAGGCGCCAGCUGGGAAAGGUGCAGUGGCGGUGACACCAGCUGUGGUGGUUGGCAAAGCUGCCAACUCCCUGCAUUCUCCUCCCAAGCCCACUGCCCCAGCGGGCAGAGCAGCGGCACUCCCUGCUCCCGACAGAACUGUGCUCUCCAACAACAAGCAGCAGCCCAAUGCUCUGACUGCAGCUCCAGCUCCAGCCAAGGCCCAGAAACUACCUGCUCCUGGGAAGCCCAAACAUGCCACAGCAGCCGUGGCCAAAGUAGGGCAAAGCAAAGCACCAGUAGUGAGCAAAGCACCGGAAAGUUCCAGCAGCAGCAGCAGCUCCUCAUCCGAGAGUGAGGAGGAACAGGAGACACCGACUGCGAAGGCCCCAGCCCCCAAAGCGGAGCCGAAGCAGGCGGCUGGGGCUGCCGAGAGCAGCAGUGAGGAAUCAAGUGAGGACACAUCCUCUGAGGAAGAGGAGCAGCUGGCAACUCCAGCCGUCCAGGCAAAACCAGCUGUGAAAGCAGCGCAGUUUAAUGCAGCACCUGUGAAAAGUGCACCUGCUUCUCCGGUGUCUCACAAGAAGAAUGCAGUGAAGCAAACAGCGCUGGCACCAAGCCAGACCAAACCUACAUCCACAACGGUUCCAGGGGCUGGGCAGCCCAUUGACACAUCAGAGAGCAGCAGCUCAUCAGACAGUGAAGAUGAAGAACUUCCUUCAGUAACCCAAACAAAGUCACCUCCAAAAUCCUCCCAGACCGUCCCAUCCCCAGUGAAACCUACACCAGCAGCAUCACUUUCCGUCAAAGCAUCUCCAGCAAAAACACUUCCAGUGUCACAAGGGAAGCCAGCACCAAAAACAGCAGUGCCAAAGCAGGCUAAAACCCUGCUGGGAAGGACUGCUGCUCCCACAAAGCCUGCUGAAAGUGUAAAGCCAGUGGAAAGCUCUGACUCUUCAAGCAGUGAAGAGGAGGAUCUCCCUGUGCCCAUCAGCCAGAAGAGGUUAACAGAACAGCCCGGGCCUGUUCCCAACCUGAGCCAGACUGCUAAAGCUGGGCCGCCUGAAAAAGCAGUGGGAAGCACCUUGAAAAGCCAGGUCUCAGAAAGUGGGAGCAGUGACUCCUCUGACAGUGAAGAGGAGUCCCCUGCAGCACAGAGGCAGCCUCCACAAGCUGUGAAAACCAAUUCUGUGCUCCAGCCAACAAAUGUGAAGAAGGCACUGGCUUCGACACCAGCCACAACCCCUCCAGCUGCGGAAAGCAGCGAUGAUUCCAGCGAGGAGUCAGAUUCAGAGAACGAAAUAGUCCCCCCUUCUCAGAGUCUACCCCAGCAGAAUGUCAAAGUGACUGCGGUUUUGAGCACGGUGGCUGCAAAAGCCAAUGCCACCCUGCCCGCAGGGAAGAAGGUAAAAACUCCUGCUGUCCCUCCAGCAAGCAGAGUGUCUGAGAGCUCCAGCAUGGAUUCCUUGGAGCACAAUGUGCUGACAGGAAAGGCCCCUGCUGCUUCCAGCUUAAAGCAAACGGUUCCUGUGGGAAAAGCUCCUCCAGCCAACACUGCCGCCCCUCAGGCUGCUUUGCUCCCAGAAAGUUCCACUGGCAAGGUGAAGAAGCCAGGCCUGCAGCCAGUGCAGAAUGCCCAGCUGAGCCAGACCACACUGCCCACCCAGGCAGAGGACACCACAGACAGCAGCAGUUCCUCUGACAGUGACGAGGAGGAGGCGCCCAAGGAGCCCCCCAGAACUGCAGGCUCGCUGCAGAAACCAGGAGUGACCCAGCCAGCCCACAGCUCCUCCUCAGAGUCCAGUGAGGAGGAGGAGGAGGCAGCAUCACAGUCCCUCCUCACAGGCUAUCUGGGCUUCUCCAAGGCCCCAGCAGCACCCCAGGCCCCAAAGACGGUUCCUUCCCAGCCUGUAGGUGAAGUGGGGCCGGGGAAGGCAGCUGUGACUGCUGCAAACUCUCCCGCCAAGGCCCCUCUGAAAGCAGCCCCAGCCGACAGCUCAAGCACUGACAGCAGUGACUCCGACACAGAUGACAACCAGGUGGCUGCAAACCACAAAGCAGAAAACAACCCCCCUUCAGGGCAGGAAGCCACAGAAGCCUCCAACAAAGAGAAGGUGGCAGGAAAAACAGAGCCAGGUCAUGCCAGCCGCAAACCUUCACUCAAGAAAGCCCUGGCAGCGAAAGAGAAUGAUGUUGGUGCAAAAGAGGUGCAAGUGACCCCAGGACCAUCACAUGCCCCGCUCUCCGUCCCACAGUCAGGGGAGCCAAGCUCAGGGAGCGAAACUGAGGUCACCACUGCUGCCAAAGUCCCUGCAGUGCAGGCAGUGGAAGGAUUGGAAGCGAAGAAGAAGAAGAAAAAGGAGAAAAAAGAAAAGAAGGAAAAGAAGAAACCAUCCUCCACGGCAGACAAGGCUGUGAAACCGUCUAAGAGCAAAGACAAAGAGAACAAGAAGCAGAAAACGUCUCAGAAGCGGAAACUGGGGGGAGAGGAUGGGGCUGUGGGGCAGCCCAAGGAGAAGAAACGGAAAGGUCAGGCUAAUGAAGAAGUACCCAAAAAGAAAAAAAAGAAAGAAGAUGGUGACCCGGAGAAGACAGCAGGCAGCAAGGAAAAGAAAAAAACAGCUAAAAAAAAGAAGACUGGAAAAGAAAAGAAGAAAAGCAAAAAGGUGUCUUUUGAAGGGGAGCCUGUAGCAGAUGGCUCUGCUGAGGUUCACAAGAAGAAGAAGAAGAAGAAGAAAACAGCUGAGCCUGAAGGACUGUGAGAAGGUACAUGGCCUGUAGAUGGGGACUAUCCAUUGGUACCUCAGAGCGGCGGUAACCUUGGCCAAAUUCAGAACUCCUGGGCCAGUUUUGGGAAGACAGUGUGCCCUCUAAGUGGUCACUGAGCCAGCCUGGCCUUAGAUUAGAGGGCCAGGGAGUGGAGCAGUGUGAGGAAUGUCAUGCAGCCGUGUGCUGGCUUCUCUGGAUGUGUCUGACCUCAACUCUUUAGCUGCUGAGAACUGGAUAUCCAGCUUGGAUGUUGCUGACCUCUGUCACCAGCAGAGAUGAGCGGCCUCUGGCAGUGUCUGUCUGUCCCUGCUGACCACAGGGAGCUUGGAAGAGUGAUGUGGAUUAGAUGGUGAUGUUGUAGCCACCUGAAGUGGACCAGAUGCCUCUGCCCGUGCUCUGCUCAGCUGUGAGGCUGUUCUCCUCCUCCCCAUCCCUAACGCUUUUAACUCCUCUCCCCAAAGGUACCGCAUUCCUGUGAUUAAGGAUUUAUGGGUGAAGAUCAAACAGAAGAAAGGAAAAGGAAGCUCAUCAGGAGAAUUCCAACUUUUUUUAAAAUAUAAUUUAUAAUUUCUUUUAACUGUGACUUUUAGAGCAGAGCAGUGUAAUUUUCUGCCUCCUCCUGCCCUGCUGGGGCCCAGAGAUGUGUUUAUUGUCCCUCCCCGUGGAACAGAACUGGAGAAGGCAGUUUGACCAGAGCAGAGCACAAGCUGCUUUUCUCCUUGUUGACACCCAGCCGUCCCUUUCUCUUACCACAGAGCUAUAUUUUUAAGAGAAACCUUUACCUUUUUUUCCCCUCCUCCUUCUGUGACUUGUGGUGUCAAUCCUUUUGCUACUACAGAAGAGAGCUCGGGUUUCCUUUUUAUUCUAACACUGACAGUAGUGAUUAUCAUGUCCGUGGAGUUGCACUGAACAGCUGUGUCCAGCAGUUGUUCUCAGCCAAGGCAGAGUCAGUUUUUGUCUUGUUUUUUUUAUGGAGUACAAAAUAAACCCCAACAAUAUAAGAUUUUGCUUCUGCUGCUUUCAAAGGAAUGGAGGUGACCAAGACCACCUGGCUGUGGAGGAUGUUGUGGGUAAGAGAGCAGAGCCUAAUGUCUGCCUGGGUUCAUGGGCACUAUUUCAACCCUUGGGGGAAAAAAUAAUUGCUUUCUUCCUGCUCCCUGGGGACAGACUGGGAUCUAGGAGGUGAGGAAAAACGGACCAGA